GGUCUGGUACCCGCUGACAUAGUGCGAACAUCCUCAGCAUUCCUUGAGUUCUGCUAUCUAGUCCGACGCUCUACUCUCACAGAGCGCACACUACGAGAGGUGUCGGAUGCGCUGGGCCGCUUCCACGACUAUCGCAAGAUCUUCGAGACAACAGGAGUACGCUCUGACGGGUUCUCUUUACCCCGGCAGCACUCCCUCGAUCACUACCUGCAGCACUCCCGCAAGUUCGGGGCCCCGAAUGGCCUCUGCUCGUCCAUUACCGAAUCAAAACAUAUAAAGGCUGUCAAGGAGCCAUGGCGCCGAUCGAACCGGUUUGAAGCACUCGGACAGAUGCUUCUCACGAAUCAACGCCUCGACAAGUUAUCGGCUGCGCGCGAGGACUUCUCUGCGAGGGGCAUGCUACAUGGGACAGUGCUGACGGAGGCUUUGCAUGAGAGAGAACGCGGCCAGAAUGGUGUACGCCGUGCUGCCAGUCGUAAGCGGGAUGCUACCGGGCCAGUGGAGGACCGAGAGCUGCUAGCAUACGUUGAUCUAGCACACCGUGCAGCACAAGGAUACCCGCGUACGCUUGAAGGCCUGGGAGCCUCUAUUGGGCAGCCGGCACUGGAGGAGCUUGUCUCCCGCUUCCUGUUCGAACAGACCCACCGGGACGACCCCAACGCACCGAACGCUGAGGACGUCCCACUGGCCGACUGCCCAAUCCACACUGGGCGUGUCUACGUCGUCCACUCUGCCUCCGCCACCUUCUAUGCUCCUAGUGACCUCUCCAGUAUUGCGGGCAUGCGCCGCGAGCGUAUUCGCGCCACCCCCUCAUGGCGAUCGGGUCCCGGGCGCUAUGACUGUGUCUUUGUGAACAACAAUGACGCAGACGGAUUUCGAGGGCUGCUUGCAGCACGAGUACGCCUUUUCUUUUCCUUCACUUACGAGCAAGUCAAAUACCCUUGUGCGCUGGUUGAAUGGUUCUCCCCUGUGAGCCAGGAGCCAGAUGACGACACAGGGAUGUGGAUUGUUGAGCCAGACUUCGACGAGGAUGGUCGCCGGUCUGUUAGUGUCAUCCAUCUUGAUGCCAUCGUUCGCGCAGCGCAUUUGAUUGGGGUAUGUGGGACGAGUCGUCUCCUGCCGACAUUUAAGCAUACAGACUCGCUGGACGCCUUUGCGGCCUUCUAUGUGAAUAAGUAUGCGGAUCAUCAUGCCCACGAAAUAGCGUUCUAG